AUGAAGUUCGCCAUCGCUGCUCUUUUCGCCGGCAUUGCGGCCGCCGCACCUACCGCUUCACCUGACGUCCACGGUGACCCCUACGAGACCGUCACCAUCUCCGGCUUCUCCUACGCCUUUCCUUACAAGGGCGAACCACAGAUGAACUUCUACAUCCACUCUCAGCGCGUUGAUAACGUCCACUGCGCUGCUGUCAACUUCGAGGUUGGUGGUGUCUACAGCUGUGACGACCCUUCAUACACAUUCCGAGUCCUAGAGGAGACGGGCCAUAAACUCAGAUUGGCUCACGUUCUCAACGGACCAUCCAUGGUGGGCGACUUCUUUAUCCAUAUGUAUGGACCUAUCCCUACUGCCCUCUCACAGACCGGCACUUCCACAGCCGACUUGGACAAGGAGGGAACCGCUUAG